UCGUAAAGCCAAAGAUGGACCAGAAAUUGUUUCUAUGGUGGAACUUUUAACCAUGCCUAAACCGUUAACAAACACCUUCUUGUAAUGGUUGUUUCAAGUUUCUUAUAUAAAUGUAUAGACCGCUCACUCGUUUUGGUAAAGCGUACCUGAAACCACAACUGAUUGCUAACGUAAACAUGAGCACGAAGAGUGAAGCCCACCGUCCUCUAGCUGAUUAUUCAGCAAAUAUCUGGGAAGAUCUCUUAACUUAUUUCUCAAAGUCCCAGCUUGGAAGUACUGAGGCGUUAAAAGAAAAGCAUAGUACUCUAAAGGGGGCCGUGAAGGAAGCGUUUAUGGUUUCAAAAGUGAAUCCCAUAGAGAACAUCAAGUUCAUCGAUGCUCUAUGUCGCCUUGGUGUCUCCUACCAUUUUGAGAUAGACACUAUAGAGCAAUUGGGAAAUUUAUUUGAUAGUCUUGAUAUUAAUCGUUUGAUACAACAUGAUGAAUGCGAUUUAUAUACUGUUGGGUUGCUUUUCCAAGUUUUCAGGCAAUUCGGGUUCAAAGUUUCCCCUGAUGUGUUUGAGAAGUUCAAGGGCGAGGAUGGGAAGUUUAAAGGAGACUUAGUGGCAGAUGCGAGCGGUAUAUUAAGCUUGUAUGAAGCUUCACAAUGGAACACUCAUGGAGAAGAUAUUAUUGACCAAGCUCUCGAUUUUUCAAGCAGUCUUUUAAAAGAACUUUCUUUUGAAUCUAUCCCCCAGCAUCUUGCAGUACGCAUUAAGAAUGCUCUAAAGCAUCCUUACCACAAAGGCAUCUCAAGGAUAGAAACGAGGAAAUAUAUCUCAUACUACGCGGCAGAAGAGAAGCAUGACGCAGUUUUACUUGAGUUUGCAAAGAUAGAUUUUAAUAUGCUCCAAAGGCUACACCGCCAAGAGCUUGCUUGCGUAACAAGGUGGUACGAUGAAAUGGAAAUUAAAUCUAAAGUAACAUACACAAGGCAUCGAAUAGCAGAGGGGUACUUGUGGUCACUUGGGGCAUAUUUUGAGCCUCAGUAUUCUCAAGCACGAAUUAAAACAGCUAUUGCACUAAUCCUAUUUACAAUUCUUGAUGAUACGUAUGAUGCGUAUGGCACAGUGAAGGAACUUGAGAUUUUCACAGAUGCAAUUCAAAAGUGGCUUCCCACUCCGCCUAACAUGAUACCUGAGAGCAUGAAGUACGUGUACCGUAUCAUGGUAGAUUUCUAUGACAAACUUGAAGAGGAACUUGAGAACGAAGGAAGGUCAGGUUGUGGCUUCCAUCUUAAGAAAGCAUUGAAGACAACAGCGAAUGGAUAUAUGCAAGAGGCAAAGUGGUUGAAGAAAGAUUACACUGCUACAUUUGACGAGUAUAUGGGGAAUGCAGUAUUGUCUUCCGGUUACUAUUCCUUGAUUGCCAUGACAUUUGCGGGAAUGGGAGAUGUCGCAAAUCUUGAUGUUUUUGAAUGGUUAAGCUCUAACCCUAAAAUUAGGGUAGCUUCUGAGAUGAUCUGUCGAUACACAGAUGACAUUUCUAGCUACGAGUUUGAACGAAAAAGGGAGCAUGUAGCGACGGGUAUUGACUGCUAUAUGAAGCAAUUUGGUGUUUCCAAGGAACAAGCAGUGGAAGGAAUAAAAGUUCUUCUUUCUGGUGCAUGGAAGGACAUGAACCAAGAGCUAAUGAGGCCUCAUUCAUGGCCUUUCCCUCUUUUGAUGCGAAUUUUUAAUUUAUCUCGUGUCAUCGAUGUAUUCUAUAGGUACCACGAUUGUUACACCCACCCUGAGUUCCUGAAAGAGCACAUCGUCUCCUUGUUCAUUGAAGAUAUACCCAUUUGAAAACAUUGUUGUGAUUGUUCCUAUAUAUGGAGUAACUCAUUACAAGAUUAUGGCCAAAUAGAUUUCUCGACAUUUCGCUCUCAAUAUAUUGUCAUUUGUAUUGUAUUGUAUUUCUGUUGCAUGCGUGGUUGUAAUCCAUUUAUGUUUUUAUUUGUAUUUAUGUUGGUUACUCCAUUUGUAUUUGAACUAGUACUGUAUAUGCAUCAAUUGUUUUUUUUUUCUUA